CGUGCAGCUCUCAGUGUCGUGAAAGCAGACAGACAGACAGACAGAGAAGCUGCAGCUGAUUCUGCGUCAGUAAGGAUGUCUGAACACCAGCAGGGUCUCGUUUAUUUGAUCACCGGAGGCUGCGGGUUCCUCGGGAAACACCUCCUGAGGGUUCUGCUGGAGAAGGAGGACAAGCUGGUGGAGGUGCGAGUGUUUGACCGACACAUCGACCCCGAUUUAAAGGGACUCAGCACAGAGCGGACGAAGGUGGUGGUCAUCCCGGGAGACAUCACAGACUACAGCAAGGUGUUGGAGGCCUGCGAGGGGGUCGACGUCGUCAUCCACACGGCCAGUUUGGUGGACGUUUGGCACCGAGUCCCAGAGAAACGCAUCUACUCUGUCAACGUCACAGGGACGGAGAAUGUCAUUGAUGCCUGUGUGGAGUGCAACAUCGAGUGCCUGGUUUACACCAGCAGCAUGGAGGUGAUUGGGCCCAACAUCAACGGAGACCACUUUAGGAGGGGGAAUGAAGAUACGCCUUACCUCAUCAAACACACUAUGGCCUACCCAAAAACCAAGGCAAAGGCAGAGAAAAUUGUGCUUGACGCUAAUGGCAUGAAGGUGAAGAGCGGAAAGUGUUUGUACACUUGCUCCUUGAGGCCGACGGGGAUUUACGGUGAAGGCCAUCCGCUGAUUAAGGACUUCUACGAGCUGUGUGUUCAAAGAGGAGGCGUGGUCAUGGGUGGCAUCCCGGACCACAUUGAACACGGCCGGGUCUAUGCAGGUAAUGUGGCCUGGAUGCAUCUACUGGCAGCACGAGCGCUGAGGGAAAACCCGCAGAAGAUAGGAGGUGAAGCUUUCUUCUGCUAUGACGACUCGCCCUACAAAAGCUACGAGAAUUUCAACAUGAUGCUGCUCUCCUCAUUUAACUUCAGAAAGAAGCGCAUCCCAGGACUGGUGCUCUGGUUCCUGGCCAUGUUUAAUGACAUGCUCCGCUGGAUACUCAGCCCCGUGUACAACUACACGCCGUUACUGAACAGUUACACCUUAGCCGUGGCCAGUACCACCUUCACAGUGGGCACAGAUAAAGCCCAGCGGUAUUUCCAGUAUCGCCCCAUGUAUGACUGGAAUCAGUGUCUCUCCCGAACACAGAAAUGGAUCGACACAUUCCCUUUAAGUAAAACCAAAGACUCCUAGUGCAACCGCAACCACUGCUACAGACACCAGAUAUUACUAUGUAGACAAGCAGUAUCACUGGUAUGAAUGUUAGCUAAUAUUUGAAGUAAAAAUAACCUCACAGUAUGCACAGUGUAUAUGAGAGAGCUUUCAGAACAACAAAUAACACAUAUAUACAUACACACAGAGAAAGUCUGCUUAGAAACAAAUAAUUGUUCACCUCAGAAUCAAAAUCCAAAUGUUUUCAUGCUAUUUAUGUAAUUUUUUUAUUUAUAAUAGCUCUUAAAUUGAGCUUCUGAGAACAAAUUUCGGUGUUAACACCAGUAUUAAAGGGAGAACAGUGAUCAUGAGAACAAAGGGACAAGGCAAUAUCUAACAUGGAAGUGCAGUUAUAAAACGGUGCUUUUGUACGUUACUUUUAAAAACAUGACAGUUUCUAAAUACUACUCUGAUACUGUCUGUAAAAGCUUCAUUCCAAAGCCACUUGAUGGCGCUGACAGCAAAAGCCAGACAUCUGAAAAAUGUGUACAAUACCAGCCCGAUCUCACGAGGAUUCGUGAAACUGUUACGUAAAUUUUUGUUUCGGUUUCGUGCGCACCAACACGAUUUCGUCAUGUUUUUCGUGCCGCUCACCACGAAAUGCGCACCAAUGUAUUUUAAACGGCGGACUUUUCGUGCCACCCAGAACGUAUUUCAAACGAAUGUGUGUAUUAUAUUUUUAAUGUAAAACCAUGGCGAAUCCAACGCUAUAUUUUGCAUGACAUCGUCCCUAACCAUAACCCUAACCAUAACCCUAACCAUAACCUAACCAUAACCCGGUGGUACACUUACCAAUUAGCAUAGGAAUUUCAAGAAUGUCCGGCGGCCGCAAACGCGAUCACACAAGCAGUAUACGCCGAUGGACAGCUUAGAUCGUCAUGAAUCCGCUGGUAUAAACCACUUUCAGCUGUGAUUACCACAGCGGGUUUCGUUGUGAGCAACACGAAAAACAUUUCGUGGUGAGCGGCACGAAAAACAUGACGAAAUCGUGUUGGUGCGCACGAAAAAGAAACAAAAAAUUUACGUAACAGUUUCACGAAUCCCCGUGAGACCGUGUUGACAAUACAGACUAAGUAAACUAUGACGAAUGUAAACGCAUUUUACAAGCAUUUACUCAGAAAUGUAUUUUACUAAUAUAAUUGUUCUAUUUUCAAUAAUUUGUAAUUUUUUAAAUGUGGAUAAAAAUAUUGUAAAAAUGUGUAUUCUUGUUUUGUAAAUUUCUUUUAUUAAAUUCUUUUAAUAGAAGAAUA